UACAACACACAACUUGAAUAACAAAAAGAAAAGAAGAAGAAGACUUUAGAGCUUUCUUUGCCUCUCUGCAACCUUCCCCCCCUCCCCUCUCAUAACAAAACAACCACCUUAGAUCUAACCCUAACCUUCUCCCCUCACCAAUUCCCAGAAUAAUGGAAGUACCGUCGACGAGUCAACAGGAGUUUGAGUACUUGUUCAAGUUGUUGUUAAUUGGGGAUUCUGGUGUGGGAAAGAGUACUCUGCUUUUGAGUUUCACGUCCAAGAAUUUUGAGGAUCUUUCUCCUACCAUUGGUGUGGAUUUUAAAGUAAAGCAUGUCACCAUAGGUGGGAAAAAGUUGAAGCUUGCUAUCUGGGAUACAGCUGGACAAGAGAGGUUUAGAACUCUAACUAGUUCUUAUUACAGAGGAGCUCAAGGGAUAAUUAUGGUGUAUGAUGUAACACGACGAGAAACAUUUACAAAUCUAUCUGAAAUAUGGGCAAAGGAAAUUGAUUUGUACUCAACAAAUCAGGAUUGCAUCAAGAUGCUUGUUGGAAACAAAGUCGAUAAGGAGAGCGAAAGGGUUGUCACCAAAAAAGAGGGUAUUGACUUUGCUAGGGAAUAUGGAUGCCUUUUCCUUGAGUGUAGUGCAAAAACUAGAGUCAAUGUGGAGCAAUGCUUUGAGGAACUUGUUUUAAAGAUUUUGGAAACGCCCAGUCUGCUGGCUGAAGGCUCUAGUAGUGUGAAAAAGAACAUCUUUAAACAGAAGCCUCCAGAGGAUGUUACAACCAGUAGUUGUUGCUCAUGUAUCCUCUGGUUUUCCUGUCAUCUUCGAUAUAAUAUUGUGUUUUACGUCAACCGUCAACAUCAAGCUAAUAAAAUAUUCUUCUUCAACUUAAAAUCAUCCAUACGCCACUCUACCGCAAUACCAUCAUCUGCCUUUACUUUUCCUUUAAGUCAACUAUUCCAACCAAUCAACUUGACGGCCUCCACUUCUCCUCCUUCCCCAGUCGGGGAUGACGUCGACGCCCAUCCCCCACUACCUUCGCCACCACCACGUCACCUAUCACAAUCAGAAUCAACUUCUCUAAGCUCAAAUAUUAUUAUGAUCUCUGGUAGAGAUCCCGAUGCCCUUUUCAGCGGCGGCGGCAUCAGCUUUCUUAAUGGAAGCGGAGGUGCUCGAUUUAGUUAUGGAUAUUCGAGUUUUAAGGGUAAAAGAGCUUCCAUGGAGGAUUUCUAUGAGACAAGUAUUUCUGAAGUUGAUGGUCAAAUGGUUGCCUUCUUCGGUGUUUUUGAUGGCCAUGGAGGUGCUAGAACCGCAGAAUAUCUGAAAAAUAACCUUUUCAAGAAUUUAAGCAGCCACCCUGAUUUUAUCAGAGACACAAAGACAGCAAUUGUUGAAGCAUUUAGGCAGACUGAUGCAGAAUACCUCCAUGAAGAAAAGGCCCAUCAAAAAGAUGCUGGGUCAACUGCGUCAACUGCUGUUCUUCUAGGGGACCGGUUGCUUGUUGCUAAUGUUGGCGAUUCUCGAGUUGUUGCCUGUAGAGCUGGUUCAGCUAUUCCAUUGUCUAUUGACCAUAAACCUGAUAGAUCUGAUGAACGCCAAAGGAUUGAAGAGGCUGGAGGUUUCGUUGUGUGGGCAGGAACAUGGCGAGUGGGUGGCGUGCUUGCUGUUUCUCGUGCAUUUGGGGAUAAGCUACUUAAGCCAUAUGUUGUUGCUGAGCCAGAAAUUCAGGAAGAAGAAAUUGAUGGUGUAGAAUUUAUAAUUGUUGCAAGCGAUGGGCUAUGGAAUGCCCUAACAAAUAAGGAUGCAGUAGCGCUAGUGCAAGAUAUAACAGAUGCAGAAGCAGCUUCAAGAAAACUAAUACAAGAAGCUUAUGCACGGGGGAGCACUGACAACAUUACCUGCGUCGUCGUCCGAUUUGAUUGGCCACCUGUGUUGUCGUCUGAUUUGAAAACUCAUGAGCAGGCACAUCAAGAUCCAAAGUUAUCACAGUGAUGACAACCUUAUUUUUAUACCCAUGAUCAAAUAGUUUAGCCCGUCUUUGUUUAUUUUGGUGAUUUAAUAGCCAUUAAGUAGCAUCGUUGACAGAAAGAAAAAAGUUUCUACCAGCGCAAUUUUUAGCCAUUCGUUUGGAUAGAGUUUAGUCGAACACUGUUACAGGCUAGCGGCUGAAUUUUCUAGUUGAUUAUCUAUGUUGAUGUAUCAGUACAAUACUGGCUCUGUUGUGGGUUUCUUGCUGUAAGCUCCUUAAAAUCAGAAAUUGACCUUGUCAGAUGGAGUUUUCCGUUGUCUUGAUUAAUUAUUCCAAGGACUUCGCGCUUAGCAGGGCAGAAUGCAAUGCAAUGACGGGGGCUAUUCUGUUAUCUUUUUU